CCUUAAUCAUUUUACACAUUUUUAUUCAUGCCAUCCAAAGGGAAGAGAGCCGCCGCCGAGUUACAAGCUGCUUUGAAGAAGUAUGACGACUUUAUCAGCUUAACAUUAAAGCCUAACUUAAAGACGGUGCUCGAUGCGCGCGACAACACUUUGUCUAAAUUGUCCGAUUACCAAAAGUUAAAGACGCAAAUUGAAAUGAUGCAAACUCAUAAUCUUAAAGAAUUGAAGACCAUGGUCGAUCUGGGGUCUCAAUUCUAUGUACAAGCCCACGUUCCUGAUACCACCUAUAUUUACGUCAAUGUGGGCUUUGGAUUUCAUGUGCAAUUUACAUUGGAUGAAGCUUUGGCUUUUAUCGAAAAGAAGGAAAAGCGACUGGAAAGUUUGGCAAGUGAACAAGCAAGUGAAGCUGAUAAAAUCAGAGCUCACAUCAAAAUGGUGCUGGAAGCCAUGUCAGAAAUUCUGAGAUCGGGUUGAACAUAGCUACAUGUCUAUCAUAUACACAUAUAUAUAUAUAUUUAACGUAUCAUAUCAUAUCAUUUUGAAGAUACAUGAUCUUCAUCUCACUAUAUUCACCGUACCGAAUGUGAGUCGAUAAUUCAAUUUGCACAUAGAAUCUAUAUCAACAAUGCGACA